AUAUAAACGAGAUAAAAGUAAAAGUCCCUCCUUCCCACAAAUUAAUAAUGAAUUUAAUAAUAAAUAAUCCACAAAGAGGAUGCCAUUGUCGGGUACACCACAACAUACAAUACGAGCAAAUACAGGCUCUCUUCCCCUCCCACUUCCGCAUAAUAAGGAAAGGAAAGAGCGGCCUUCGGAAGCAUCGAGUAAUAACAAAAAAAAAAAAAGCAGCAUUUUGAUGUUUUCAGUUUCACCCAAAAAGGAAGAAAGAAAUGGAGAGCGGCGAUUACAACACAGAGCUUCUGCCUCAUCAAGGAGAAACGUCGCCGUCUUCUUGGCGUCUCACCCUCGACAAGUUUCACCUUCCCCAACAAAGGUUAAACUCUGAUGAUCAUCACGAUGCUGCUCCGUUCUCCACCGUGCUUUGUGCUCCUAAUAAACAGCGCAAGGUUUCAGAGUACUAUAAAAAACAAGAAAGGCUCCUUGAAGGAUUUAAUGAGAUGGAGACCAUAAACGAGAUGGGUAGUUUGCCUGAAAGCCUAACAGAGGAUGAAAUGAAGCAACUUGCUAAGAGUGAGAGGAUGGCAGUUCAUGUGUCAAACAUUGCUAACUUGGUGCUUUUCGCUGCCAAAGUUUACGCUUCUAUUGAAAGCAAAUCUUUGGCAGUUAUUGCAUCAACUUUAGAUUCACUCUUGGAUCUUUUGUCAGGAUUGAUUCUAUGGUUCACCGCAUAUGCCAUGAAAACCCCCAAUCGUUAUCACUAUCCAAUUGGAAAGAAACGAAUGCAGCCAGUCGGUAUCAUUGUUUUUGCUUCAGUAAUGGCAACUCUAGGAUUACAAAUAUUGCUGGAGUCUGUCAGGGAACUUAUUGCAAAGUCCCACCCUGAGAUCAAUCACAAGCAAGAGAAGUGGAUGAUUGGAAUUAUGGUUUUCGUGACAGUGGUGAAGUUUGUCCUCAUGGUCUAUUGCCGGCAAUUUAAAAAUGAAAUCGUUAGAGCCUAUGCUCAGGAUCAUUUCUUUGAUGUGGUUACUAAUUCAGUGGGUUUAGCAACAGCCGUUCUAGCUAUUCAUUUCCGCUGGUGGAUUGAUCCAACUGGAGCUAUAAUAAUAGCAUUAUACACAAUGGGUACGUGGGCGAGAACAGUGAUUGAGAAUGUAGGGUCACUAAUUGGAAGGACUGCUCCACCUGAUUUUCUUGCGAAACUGACGUAUCUGAUAUGGAACCACCAUGAACAGAUACGACACAUUGACACAGUUAGGGCAUAUACUUUUGGUUCUCAUUACUUUGUGGAGGUCGACAUUGUGUUGCCAGAAGACAUGCUUCUGAGUAAAGCACAUAUCAUAGGUGAGAAACUCCAGGAGAAACUAGAGCAGCUACCAGAAGUUGAGCGAGCCUUUGUGCAUAUAGAUUUUGAGUUUACACAUCGGCCUGAACAUAAGACCAUGGCCUGAUCUUAUCAUCGAUGCUUGCAGUGCUGGCUUUGAUUUCUGAAGCUUUUAGUGUCUUUUAAAUAACUUUGUAGUACUUUUGUUCUUCAUUCUCCUAUUUUACUUCCAAAUGCUACAUAAUUUUACUUUUGUUCAAAAUGCACCUGAAUUUCACUCAUUUUUCAGUUGAUUGGUGUAGGAUAAUGAUAUUUUGCUUCUGUAAAUAUUUUUUGGUCUGCAAAAUUUGACAGAUAAUAUAAGAUGAUGAAAAUAUGAGACAAACAGGACUUGACACUAGGAUA